AUAUGUACAUGCAGAAAUAUUUUUAAGAUGGCGUACGUUGCGUGUUGGUGAUUUCAAUUUCUGGUCUAGCUGAGAUAUCACAUACAAAAAAUUUUUUUUGUACGAAUAAACAAUACACGAGUGCGUAUUGACAUUUUAAGUGAACAUUCGAAUUGAUUUAUUUCUUUUGAUUCGGUGCGUAUAAAUUGUGAAGUUUAUUAGAAAUUCUCUAUUUUUAAAUUAUCAAUACAAACCCAAAAAAAAAUCAAAUAUGCAUUUAAGCUAAAUGAAUUUUAUUGGAUUUGAAUCAGUCGAAACAGCUAAAAAAAUGAAGCGAGAAAGAGGCAGAAAAAAAGAAAAAAUCUCCGAGUGAAUACCGAACAAAAUACGCUUUUAUGAAUUGAAAAUAGCAAAUUUAUGUUGAGGGUACAAAAAACUAUACUAUCUAACGCGAACACAAGAAUUGGUGCAGAAAUAAUAACAAUUGACAAAACACUGAGACGGACUAAUCGAAAUAAUCAACUCAGGACGACGACCAAAACACGGGAAUAGAGAGCAACGAGCAUUCGGUGACGGAAACGAUCACAAAAACUAUAUAUUUGCUGAGAAAAGAAAAUAUAUACAAAAGAAAAGACGGCAACCAAUUUACUGAUAAGUAAGAACAGAAACUGUCGAAAUGGAAGCAAUAGCAAAGCAUGAUUUCAAUGCUACGGCUGAUGAUGAGCUUAGUUUUCGGAAAAAUCAAAUUUUGAAGAUUCUAAAUAUGGAAGAUGAUAUGAAUUGGUAUCGAGCCGAACUAGAUGGCAGAGAAGGUUUGAUACCGAGCAACUACAUUGAAAUGAAAACACACACUUGGUACUAUGGACGAAUCACACGUGCGGAUGCUGAAAAAUUAUUGUCAAAUAAACACGAGGGUGCAUUUUUAAUACGAAUUAGUGAAUCCAGUCCAGGAGAUUUUUCGUUAUCAGUAAAAUGUUCUGACGGAGUGCAACAUUUCAAAGUUUUACGAGAUGCGCAGGGCAAAUUUUUCUUAUGGGUGGUCAAAUUUGGCUCACUGAACGAACUUGUUGAAUAUCAUCGCACUGCCAGUGUGUCGCGUUCGCAAGAUGUUAAACUCAAAGAUAUGGUUCCAGAAGAAGUUCUGGUUCAAGCAUUAUACGAUUUUGUGCCACAAGAAUCCGGCGAACUAGAUUUUCGACGGGGUGAUGUAAUCACAGUUACCGAUCGAUCUGAUGAGCACUGGUGGAAUGGUGAGAUCGGAAAUCGAAAGGGCCUCUUCCCAGCAACAUAUGUGACAGCAUACCAUUCAUAAUAAAGAACAACAUAGGACUCAUAUUAUACUUGUAUACACAAGUAUACUAUACUUAAAAUUAUACAAUCAAUCAAUCAAUCAACAGAAAAAAAAGAGAACACACAGCUUAAUGAAAUUAUGAAAAGAAAAAAAUAACCACAACAAAAAAAAUCGAACGACAACAAAGAACAAACAGAUAAACAAACAUCUAUUUUGCCGCGUACUAUGAGCUCUAAUCAUUCGAGGAUACACACAUAUAAUUUGAUAACUUGCCUGUAUUUGUUUUUGUUCAACUGUGCUUACGAUUUUUAAAUAAGAUCAUAGUUUGAGGUAUGUGCUUCGUGUCCAUCAGUUUAAAAAUGAAAGAAAGAAAGAAACACGAAUAGAGUAUUAAACCACUUUAUUCGUCACAUCAAUUAGAGAUGCAAGUUUUCAAACGCAAAGCUUAACCUACCUACAAUAAAAUCCUCCUCCGGCUUAGCUGAUACAAAACUGUCGCGAAUAUAUGCAUGCUUGAGUAAAAAUUGAAUUGUGCAUGUAUCUCUGAUUAAGUAAAUAUGAUAUAAUUUUACAUAUUUUAAUUUAUUUUUACAUCUUCUUCCUUUUAUACAUUUGUAUCUAUUGUGUACAAUUAUCUCUUUUUUUGCUGUAAGCCUUUAUCCCAAACAAAUCGUAAAAUGCAUUUCGAGGAAAAAAAAUUAUUUAAAUGGUGUGUGAUUUAGAGACACAAGGGGAAUUGUUCAGAGAGAGACUUUGGUUAUGGUUUUAAUUUUUCAAAAAAGCGGUAUCAUUUCCAUAUUUGUUUGAAAAUGAUAUCAACAGUUUAUAUGGCACAAAAAAAAACACCAACUGAUUGAUAUUAUGUUCCAUAUAUAUUCAUGGUAUUCUACAUACCGAAGUAAUCCGGAUUUGUGAUCUACAACGUAAUUUUUCUGCAAAACAAACUUUUUCCGAUAUUUUGCGGGACUAUGAAAUCGAGCAAGUUCCUCAACACUAUCCUUUUUUCUUGGCAAAAUUGGAAGGAGUUUACAAAGUUUUGACAUUAUAAAUACCAUAAAACAAAAAUUCACAAAAUCCACCGAUGAUAAAUAAAAAAAAAACGAUUAAAAACAUCAUGACAUCUCAUGUUGUUCCAAUAGAUUCGAAAUGUUUGUAAGCCAACCAAGCAAGCAACCACACAAGCAAUCAAUUAAACAACACUUAAUUUAUAUGUAAUUAUGUUCUUUUUCCGAACAGAAAUCUAUCAAUCCACUUACUUCUUUUACUCACAUGAAAAUAUAGCAAAAUUCAUAUCGUAACCGAAAAUUAAGCGAGAUAACUGAAUUUGCUGUAUGACAUUUCAAACGAGAAAAAAACAAACAAACAAACAAUUACAUAUACGAAUGGUCCAUUUGAGUUAUUUAUUUAGUACGCGCACAGUAAACAACAACAAAAUGAAAUACGGCUGAAACAAAACAAAUUCAUAACUGUAGUUUUCUAAAUGAUGAAAUAAUUUGAAUAUAUUAUAAUAACUAUUACAUUAGUAGCGACGUUUAAUUAUUUUUUUUUUCAUUUAUUUCAACAAGCAUAAGCAAAUCGAUGACGAUAGACACACACACACACACAUUAAUUUAGUGUCCUCAAGUCUUUUUUUUCUAUUGAAAAUAAAUCCGUUGUCGCACAUUUACACGAAAGCGAUGCAACUGAUUUAAAUUUUACCAUUGUUUUUUAAAGUCAAGGUCCAUUUUAUAUUGGGGCAACAACAACAACAACAACAAAAAAAGAAAGAUUUUUUUUAUUUCUUGCAUAAAAAAAAUGGCAUUUGUAUACAUUUCGUCAGCUUUAUAUAAAAUGCAGUUUAAAUGAAAAACAAA